AGAGAGAGAGAGAGAGUGAAGGCACACAGAGCUCUGAGCAUGUCGCCUCCUGUUGCUGCACCUCACUGUGGGAUCUGCUGUCGACCUUUCAGACUGUACACAUGAACGCAGAGAGCUUUUUUUUUUAUUAUGCGUCCAACUCGUUAUGUGCGACCCGGAGGCUUGUCGGAGUGAAGUAGCGCAGCGUCUGCUCUGAGUCCGGAGGGGAAAACCGGGCUUGUCUUUGCGGGGAUUUUUUGUGACACAACUUGGCAGAGAAGUCGCUUGCCGCCGCCGCUGCUCUUGGAGGAGGAGGAGGAGGUGGUAGUGGUGGUUUGUUCGGAGCUGUUUUGCAGAGAAAGUGUGAAACAAGUGUCAGGAAGAGAGCAACAGAUGUUUUUGGUGGAUAUGCGGCCGGCUGAGGAAUGAGAGCAGCAGCGAGGCACCGGCGGCCCUUCCAGCGGUUCUGCUGCUGUGGAGUCGGACUGGUCGCUGUCAUUUGGCUCGCUCAGGUCAUCCAGGCACCAGAGACUGAGUCUUCUGGGCUUCGGCCAGGCGUGAACGAUGGGACGCUGCAAUGGACUCGCAAGCUGAUGCAGGAGAAGUCAGACAACCAGAGCCUGGAUCAGCCCCGAGCAGCCAUCCACGAGUUUCCAGAGGACAUCUUUACCAAGGAGCAGAGGAAGAAGGGGGCUGUGGUUCUGCAUGCACUCUGUGCCAUUUACAUGUUCUACGCUCUGGCCAUCGUCUGUGAUGACUACUUUGUCCCCUCCCUUGAGAAAAUAUCUGAGAACCUGCAGCUCAGUGAAGAUGUGGCCGGGGCGACGUUUAUGGCUGCAGGAAGCUCUGCUCCAGAGCUUUUCACCUCUCUCAUUGGUGUAUUUAUCACUAAAGGAGACGUUGGAGUCGGCACAAUCGUUGGCUCGGCUGUCUUCAACAUCCUGGUCAUCAUUGGCCUGAGUGGGAUCUUUGCAGGCCAGACAGUGAUUCUGACAUGGUGGUCCCUUUUCAGAGAUUCUUCCUACUACAUCCUCGCUGUGCUGACUCUCAUCAUGGUUAUCUAUGAUGCCAAAGUGGUCUGGUGGGAGUCCUUGCUCCUCAUGACCAUGUAUGGAGUCUACAUUAUAAUCAUGAAGUUCAACUCCCAGAUUCUGGCGUUUGUGACACGUCAGCUCAGGAGCGGCAGGCUGUGCUUCCCCGGUCCAGAGGAUCACAGAGAGGACAAGACGAUAGAGGAUGCCUCUGCAUGCAACACCUCCAUGGUGCUUCUCAACAAAGGCCAAGCUAAUGGUCAGGAGCCUCCACCCGUCGUCAUGGUGGAUGAGCUUCUCAUCCUUAACCCCCACAAACUGUCCUUCUCUGAUGCUGGCCUGCGUAUCAUGAUCACCCCCCACUUCUCCCCCCGCACCAGGCUCUCCAUGGCAGGACGUGUGGUCAUCAGUGAGAGACAGAGGCUGAUCCAGGGUUCGAAAAUCCAGCGGGACGUUGAGGCCGGCCCCAGGUCACGAUCGGGGUCGACCAGCAACAGCCUGAAGAGGACGGGCUCCUGCAGUCUGGAGAACGGAGGCAAGGGACCCGGGAUAGGAGACGCAGAUUCAGGAGACAAGCCGGGGGUCGAGGUGUGCCAGCCAGAGGAGGAGGACGAUGAAGAUGGGAUUUUCAGUCCUGUGCGCAUACCAGGUAGCUGCUGUGCGCGGGUGAAGUGGGUGAUCACAUGGCCUCUUGGCCUCCUGCUCUACUGCACUGUGCCUAACUGUAUUCUGCCGCGCUGGCACCGCUGGUUCAUGGUCACCUUUAUGGCCUCCACCCUGUGGAUCGCCAUCUUCUCCUACCUCAUGGUGUGGAUGGUCACCAUCAUCAGCUAUACACUAGGCAUCCCAGACUACAUCAUGGGCAUAACCUUCCUGGCAGCAGGGACCAGCGUGCCAGACUGCAUGGCAAGUCUGAUUGUAGCUCGACAAGGCAUGGGGGACAUGGCAGUGUCUAACUCCAUAGGAAGCAAUAUCUUUGACAUCCUGCUGGGUUUAGGCUUCCCCUGGGCUUUACGUACCAUUGUGGUGGACCAUGGAUCAUCAGUCUCCAUAAAUAAUAAAGGACUGGUGUAUUCUGUCAUCCUGCUGCUGGCAUCUGUGUUUCUGACGGUUAUGAGUGUUCAUCUGAACCACUGGAGGCUGGAUCGCCGGCUGGGUCUGGGUCUGCUGUUUCUCUAUGCCAUCUUCCUGCUCUGCUCCAUCUUCUUCGGGCAGAUGUGAGGCCUUAAGGUCAAAGGUCAACCCUGACAACAUGCUCAGUACCUAUCUUUCUAUCACACGUCCUCUUUCCUAAAGCCAAAAAAAACAACAAAGAGUGACAGCGUUGUUGUGUUCCUUGUGAGAGUUUCUGUGCACCUCUGUAGGAUUCACUAGGGUUAUACUGUACUCAUGCAACUACACAAAUACACUCUGAAGUCUUUUAACAGUAGCACAAUUUUUUCUCCUCUUUCGUACAGUGCAGUGUUUGGAAGCAGUCUUUUAAGUAUCAAAUUAGGUGACUGUAAAUGUAAUGACAUGGCAGAUGGAAGCCUUCAGUAACAAUAAGAAACAGGAAGUGACGUCAGUAAUCAGAACAUUAUUUAGAAAACACAUUUUUAGGAUCCUCAUUAGCUAUGUUGUUGCACACUGUCAAAAUUUCGACGAGAACGAUAUACGCUACCGUAACUGCGGUAGGGCUUUCCACCACUAAAAACUUCCACCCUAUAACGACAUGUUUGUUUUAUACUUUAAUAUAUCACAAAUGAAUCUCGUGGCCUUUUCUACAGUCUUUGCCAAAAGCUUCAGUUUUGACAGACGUCACUUCCCGCUAAAACUUCGCCAGGUUAGCUUUCCAGCCAACCGGCUAGCACACUACAAAUCUAAACUGCUUCUGCGUGAUGAUUAUUUUUUUUUGAAAAAAAGAUGAAUCACUGUUUCAUUAAAGCAAUAAGCCAUUAGAAGUUUGGAUUUACAGCAAUAUUACAGGCUCAGUUUAAUUGUAUUGUCUAAAAGCACACAUACACCCUUUUACUUGUUGACAAAUGUAGAUCAUGCACAUCACAUUAGCCGUUAAUAUCCCGUGCAGUGAGCAUAAAUUAAAGUCAUAAUGACACAAGGGUCUCGUCCUUUCAGGGACUGUUGCUUCCUGUGACCGCAGCUCUUAUCAUCUGAGUAUACUGUUUUAUUUAUUUAUUUAUAUUUUUGAAUGUUCUCAAAAGCUGCUGCUGCCAAGAAAAUUAAUUACAGGAUAACUAGCUAGUUGAUUUCAUCAACAACACAGCAAACAAGAGUUAUUUAUGAGUACAUUUAUUAGCCUGCAUCUCCUCUGCUGCUGUAUCCACAUAUCGUUCCCCAACAGUUUCUGCUGGUGAGGAGUGUUCAAUAGUUUCUGGCAACACUACUCAGUUUGAGCAUUAUAUGCACAGGUUGCAGACAGCUGCAGUUGUGAUUUACGGAAGGGGAAAUUAAACAUUAAAGAUAGACUACCCAUAAAAAAUCUUCUAGGCUAUAGUACAGAACCAGGAUGUGUGUCAAGAGGCUGAAGCACAUAGUGAAAAUGUGGUGAAAUGCAUAUUAUGUUCAUUUGAGGAGGCAAAUGAAUUAAGAUACCUGAAGGAUUUAAGGAAUUUAUGUGUAUAUUAAUAUAUAUUUGACAUGUUACCGUGGUUUUAGUUGCCAUCUCAACUAUAUUAACAGCUUUAGGUUAAAAGGUUGAAACCUCUUUUCUCAGAGAUGUUAAAAUAUGGUACUUUAAUCUGCCAUGUCAAAAAAAAACCUCUUAUCAGAUUAAUAUUGUCCGUUGGCUUUAGGUUUGAAUACCGUAGUAUGUUCUGAAUGUACACCCUAGCUGACUUUACCAUUAGUGUGGAAAUAUUUACAUGCAUUCAAAUGUAGCAGGCGGCACUGAAUUACAGCGAAAGACAUCUGAACAGACAGUGAGGUACUUUAGUCCUACAGUAAAGGACACCAUGUAUGUGUCAGGAGACUUUUAGAAUAGAAACACUGAUAUGAAAAUGCACAUUAUUGUGACAAUAUUUUGACGAUUUUGCCUCACUGCUUAUAAGCAAGUAUUGGUACAUCUUAAUGUACGUAAAGAGAUUAACCUAGUGUUACAGUAUUUUUAGAGGUCUUAUUACUAUGAAAUCUAAUAUAUAAUGUACUUCAAUGAGUGUCACAGACUUUGAUGACUUUGAGUGCAGGUGAGUUGUAAUACUUUCACGUUUAGGUACGACAAUCGAUGUUUGUAUUGUUUCUUGUACAUUUUAUGAGAUUAAUUCCCUUUGGUAGAACAUUUUCACACACUCCGAUCAGGACAGCAGCAGCACAUUGUAUACUCACACAUACGAAUACUGUAUCUGUGCGUGUUUUAUGGCAAAUAAUGAUGCAUAUUCUGUCUUCAUAUGUACCUGCUGCUCCUCUGUCCUCGUAUGAAAAAUCAGCAAUCUGGACACAUUCAGAAAAUAUCAUGAAUUCAAGACUAAAUGUUCCACCAAAGGGAUUUGGGCAAUCUUUUUGUCUUUUUUUCAAAUGGCUGUAUAAUUAUUAUAAUUGUCUACUUGACAAUACUUUGUACUGUUUGUAAAUGUUAAAUAAUUUACAUAGUUUUACAAUAAUGAAUGUCUGACUGAGAGACUAGUUUUGUGGUGUUUUUGAUAUUUUUAAAAAAUACACAAUGUAAGCCUACUUGUGAAAUAUUGUAACAGAAUGGAUGCAUAUUUUCUGUUUGUUUAGUGGAUUAUGAAGGCUGUAAUGGGAGACUGGCACUCUGUUAUUAAUUCAAUUGCAGUAGUGUCUUAAAAUAUUUUCAGCACUAAGAUUUUCUUUUAUUUCAGUAUUGAUUUAUUGACACUCAUGAACCUUAUUUCAUGGGAACACAGGAAAUUAAGAUCCCGUUUACGUGUUUAAAUAACAAAAUUAAUUAAAAAUGUUAAAAAUUGUGAGUGUAAAACAGUUAAAACUGAGUUUUUGUAGUUGAAAUGAGGUUUCACUUCAAACAGACACAGUCUAUUUAAAUGUCUGCAAUGUUCUUGUGCUAAAUUUCUUAAGGAAUUUAAAUGUACAGUGUAGACAUAGAGCUGUUUCUUCUCAAAAUAGAGAAAUGCUACUUAAUUAGUAUAAGUAUAACCUAUUCCACUAAAUUGUCUCAAAAACAUUUCUUUCCAUAUAUUAUUCAGAUAAAAUCAGUUAAAAUGGUAGAGCAGAAAAGAAAAUGUGUUAGUUACCCUGUAACUGCCCAAGUACAGAAGAUACACUUUAAUGGAGGUAGCUUGUUCCAAGGCCUCCUGCUUGUCCAGAAAACUCUUAAUUAGUGCUGAAAUAAUUGGUCGAGUAAUCGUGGAUCAACAGAAAAACAAAAAUUAUGAUAAACAGUUAAUUGUUAUUCUUUGAUCAAGCAAAAAGGCCAAAGAGUCACUAGUUACAGAUUGUCAUAUGUGACAAUUUGCAACUUUUCUCUUUGGGACAGCGAGUUGAGCAAAACAACCACCAUGCCACCUUGGGUUUUGACAUUUGUCGCAGUUUUCUGCCCUUGGAUGGACUGACCGAUUUAUCAAUUGGAUAUCAUUUUCAUCAUCAUCAUUCUCAACCAUCAGUAACUCAUUGUGUUUUGCCAGGAGAUGAUUGGCGGCUGUUUGUGAUGCUAACGUGUUCUUUCACUCAGCUGUUGGGAGUCUCUGCUGUAAGCUCUUAUUCAACUCCAGUAAUAAUCUCAAGACGCUCGUCAUGGCUCCAGAGAGACACAAUAGCCUCAAACCAAACAGCUGAAGUCCAGUUCUUGUUGUGGUUUCACAGCACUCAAAGAAUGUUCUGUAUAUUCUGCUGUGAUGUUGGAGGUAGAAGAUAUUUUAGUUGAAAUGUAUUGCUUAGAGUUCGUAUGGGAUCAUAGAAGACUGUUGUAUCUUGAGUCCAAUAAAAAAACUGUGCAAUAACAA